AUGAAAAUAAUAAAUGUAUAUAAUAAACUAUAAUAAAAACUUGAGAAAAAAAUUAAACUAAAGAAUUCUUUAAAUAUAAAUCUUCAAGUUUUAAAAGAUUUUAUAAUAGAAUAAAAAUUAGGAAAAGGUUCAUUUAGUACUGUAUAUAAAGUUCUUCGAAUAACCGACAAUAAAAUAUAUGCAUUAAAACGUAUUAAAUUAAAUACAUUAACAUAAAAAGAACAGGAAAAUGCAUUAAACGAAAUCAGAAUAUUAGCUUCUAUAAAAAACGAGUAUAUAAUAAGAUUUAAAUAGGCAAUAUAUAAUGAAGAAAUGAAUGAAUUAUAUAUAAUAAUGAAUUUUGGAGAAGGCGGAGACUUGAGAUAAAAAAUAUAAAUUUUAUAAUAAAAGAAUAUGUUUUUGGAAGAAAAAACUAUUUGGAAUUAUAUUUAUUAGUUAACUUUGGGUUUAAAGGCUUUACAUGAUGUUAAUAUUAUACAUAGAGAUUUAAAACCUAGCAAUGUAUUUUUUAGUAAAAUGUAAGAUUAGAUUUUUAUUGCGGAUUUGAAUAUUGCAAAGAAAAUUAAUAAGUAUGGAUUCUUAUAUACAUAAACUGGAACUCCUAAUUAUUCUUCUCCUGAAGUCUGGAAAUAUAUACCAUAUAAUUAAAAAAGUGAUAUAUGGUCAUUAGGGUGCUUAAUAUAUGAAAUGACUUGCUUAAAACCUCCUUUUUUAUCUAAAGAUAAUGAAGAUUUGUCCAAGAAAAUUUCUAAAGGAUAUUUUGAGGACAUCCCAAGUAAUUAUAGUUAAGAAUUAAACCUUUUUAUUAAAAAAAUGUUAAACCUAAACCCUGAAUAGAGGCCUUUAUUUGUAUAUAUAAUAAAAAAAAAAAAUAUAAUUAAUUUAUCUAAUCAAAUUAAAAAUAUAUAAAUAAAACAUAUUUUUUAUUAUUUUUUUUAAGAAAAAUCAAUUUUUUAUUAUAAUAAUAUAUUAAAUAUAUUAAAUAAAUAAUUUUUUUUUUUUUUAACAAAAUGA